CAUUGUGCCGUGCAGCCCGCGCCGAGCUCGCGGCUCGGAGAGGGAGGGGCGCCCCGCGCCGCCGCCCGCGUCGCCGCCAUGGACCUAGGACCCUUGAACAUCUGUGAAGAAAUGACUAUUCUGCAUGGGGGCUUCCUGCUGGCAGAGCAGCUGUUCCACCCCAAAGCACUGGCAGAAUUGACAAAGUCUGACUGGGAGCAUGUUGGGCGGCCCAUCAUGGAGGCCUUGAGGGAGAUCUCCUCAGCCACAGCACACGCCCAGUCCUUUUCCUGGAAGAAGAAAGCUCUGAUCAUCAUCUGGGCCAAGGUUCUUCAGCCCUGCCCUGUUACCCCUUCUGACACUGAAACUCGGUGGCAGGAAGAUGUGUUCUUCUCAGUAGGCAACAUGAUCCCUACGAUCAACCACACAGUCCUUUUUGAGCUGCUCAAGUCCCUGGGAGCUUCUGAACUCUUUAUUCAGCUCCUGAUGGCUCUGCCCACCACCAUCUGCCGCACAGAACUAGAGCGCUUUUUGGAGCACAUGACUAUUGACACUUCUUCGAAGGACGUGGCCUUCUUCCUGGAUGUCUGGUGGGAAAUGAUGAAGCACAGGGGUGAUCAGCAGGACCCCCUGCUCUCCCAGUUUAGGACUAUGGCCCAUAAGUACCUGCCCUCUUUGGAUGAGUUCUCCCACCCUCCAAAGAGGUUCAAGUCUGACCCAGAUGUGUGUCCUACCAUGUCCCUGUUGGCCAUGCUGCUGAAUGGGCUGAAGCAAAUCCAGGAUAGGAUCCUGGGCCCGGGAAUGAAGUGCUGUGCAUUAGCCAACCUGGCUGACAUGCUGACCGUGUUCGCGCUGAUGGAGGACGACCCCCAGGAAGUGUCUGCAACUAUGUAUCUGGACAAACUGGCCACAGUGAUCUCUGUGUGGAAUUCGGACACCCAGAACCCAUACCACCAACAGGCGCUGGCCGAGAAGGUAAAGGAGGCAGAACGGGAUGUCAGCCUGACCUCACUGGCCAAACUCCCGAGCGAGACCAUUUUCGUGGGGUUUGAGUUCAUGCACAGCCUGCUGCGGGAGUGGGGGGAGGAGCUGCAGGCCAUGCUCAACAGCAGCCAGGGGACAAAUUAUGAUAGCUUCCGGUUGUGUGACAGUCUGACUUCCUUCAGCCAGAACUUGAAGCUCUACCUGGACACUACCAGCUUGUCCAAGGAGGAGAGGCAGGUGGUCUCUGAGCUGGCAGAUUGUGUCAGGGACUUCCUGAGGAAAACGAGCAGGGUCCUGAAGAACAAGGGCUUUGAGGACAUCACUGCCUCCAUUGCCAUGGCCAUUAUUGAACAGAAAAUGGACCGGCAUAUGGAAAUGUGCUACAUUUUUGCUUCUGAGAAGAAAUGGGCCUUCUCAGACGAGUGGGUAGCCUGCCUAGUGAACAACACAGCUCUCUUCCGAGAGCCAGACUUGGUGUUAAGGCUGCUGGAAACGGUGAUGGAAGUCAGCACGACUGACAGAGCCAUCCCUGAAUCUCAGAUCAAACAAGUGACCGACUUGAUCCUGGAAUGUUACGCAGAUCUCUCACUGCCAGAUAAAAAUAAAGUCCUCUCAGGUGUCCUGCAUUCCUGGGGGCGCAAGGGCCUUUCUGAAAAGUUGUUGGCUUACUUGGAGGGUUUUCAGGAAGACCUCAAUACAACUUUUAACCAGCUCACACAGAGUGCCUCUGAACAGGGCUUGGCUAAAGCUGUAGCUUCCAUGGCCCGCCUGGUCAUAGUGCACCCAGAAAUCACAGUGAAGAAAAUGUGCAGCAUGGCCGUGAUUAAUCUCGGCACCCACAAGUUCCUGGCUCAGAUUCUCACUGCCUUCCCUGCCCUCAGGUUUGUGGAAGAGCAAGGUCCAAAUUCGUCCAGCACUUUCGUGGUGUCAUGCCUCAAAGAAACUGUCUGGACAAAGUUCUCUACAGCCAAGGAAGAAAAGCAAUUUUUGGAGCUCCUGAACUGCCUAAUGAAUCCUGUCAAGCCCCAGGGGAUUCCAGUCGCUGCUCUUCUCGAGCCAGAUGAGGUGCUGAAGGAAUUUGUCCUGCCUUUCUUGAUGCUAGAUGUUGAAGAGGUAGACCUCAGUCUGAAGAUCUUCAUCCAGACUCUAGAAGCAAAUGCGUGCUUGGAGGAAUACUGGCUCCAGACCUGUUCCCCAUUCCCACUCAUCUUCAGCUUGUGUCAGCUCCUGGAUAGCUUCAGCAAAUACUGGCAGCUCCCCAAGAAGCGGUGCCUCCCUUUGGAUAGAAAGGAUCUAGUGAUCCAUAUCCUAGAGCUCCUCUGUGAGAUUGUAUUAGCCAAUGCCGAGACCUUCUCCCCAGAUACCUGGAUCAAGUCCCUGUCCUGGCUCCACCGGAAGUUGGAACAGCUAGACUGGACUGUGGGCCUGAGACUGAAGAACUUCUUUGAAGGUCACUUCAAGUGUGAGGUGCCAGCCACACUUUUUGAGAUCUGUAAGCUUUCUGAAGAUGCGUGGACCUCCCAGGCCCACCCAGGGUAUGGGCCAGGCACAGGUCUGCUCGCCUGGAUGGAGUGUUGCUGCAUCUCCAGGAGCAUCUCUGAGCAGAUGCUGUCUCUCUUGGUGGUAGAUGUGGGCAAUCCUGAGGAGGUCAGAUUGUUCAGCAAGGGCUUUCUGGUGGCCCUGGUGCAAGUCAUGCCUUGGUGCAGCCCCCAAGAGUGGCAGUACCUUCUCCAGUUGACCAGGAGACUGUUGGAGAAACAGCUCCUACACGUUCCCUACAGCCUGGAGUAUAUUCAGUUUGUUCCUCUGCUCAACCUGAAGCCCUUCGCCCAGGAGCUCCAACUCUCUGUACUCUUCCUGAGAGUCUUCCAGUUUCUCUGCAGCCAGAGUUGUCAUAAUUGGCUUCCUGUGGAAGGCUGGAGCCAGGUGGUCAGACUCCUCUGUAGCAGUCUGACUAACAUCCUGGACUCAGUUAGGUUGAUUCAGUCAGUUGGCCCUUGGGCCCAAGGACAAGAACAGGAUCUGACCCAGGAAACCCUGUUUGUUUAUACCCAGGUGUUCUGUCAUGUUUUGCACAUCAUGGCCAUGCUCCACCCAGAGGUCUGUGAACCACUCUAUGUUUUGGCCUUGGAAAUCCUUACCUGCUAUGAGACCCUGAGCAAGACCAACCCUUCCAUUAGCUCCUUGCUCCAGAAGGUAAAUGAGCAGCGCUUCUUAAAAUCCAUCGCUGAGAACAUUAGCCCUGAGGAGCGGCGCCAAACCCUGCUGCAGAAGAUCAGCAACUUCUGACCUUUGUAGGUCAGAAAAAAGCUGGGGUCUGUAGGGGCUGGAGCUGAGGAGCACACACUUCACACUUAUGGGAAAUUGUACACAAGAUAAAAAGUAUAUGGCAAUAAG